AUGUGCCUGAGGCUAUUCCACCCCAGCCCACAGCCGUACCUCAGCCAGCACCAACACCUCAGCCAACUGAAUCGAGGACCGAGUCAGCAGUCGGUAAGGCUGAGCACGAGUCAGCCCUACUUGCGAGUACUUGCAAGUAGACCCGUGGGAAUACUUUCGUUCUGGAGUUCUGGAGUUCUGGAGUUCUGGAUCGAAGUUCUGGUUCUGGAAUCAAGUUCAAGAGGCCUGUCGCCUAUCGCAGACAGAGAGGAUCGAGCUGAGAGCGAUAGAAGUCCUGGAGGGAAAGUUCUCGAUAACAGGCUGAGGAAUAUCUACUACAGAGAGGCAUUAUUUAUAGUAGAACUAGUGAGCUAUCGAGAGGUUCUAAGGAAAGCGAGAAUUGGGAUGAAGGGUAUGAAAGCGACGAGUAAGGAGUAUCGGUGA